AUGUAUCCAAAUAUUGAAAUAUUAUUUAGAACUCAUAGUAGUGAUGAAGAAGAUACACCAUAUCACAUGAGUUUUGAGAUUCCAAUUCAAGUUGAUGAAUCUUUAUGUUCUAAAUUCUAUGGUUUUCCCUUGGGUUCUUAUUCACCAUGUCAAAUAAACACUACUACAUCUCUUGAACAACAAUAUCCUUCUGAUCAAGAAUAUUAUAUUGGUUUAAAGAAACCCUCAAAGCGAAAAUUUUCUAUCAGAAAGAAAAGUUUAUUUGGUUCAAAGAAACCUCCUUCAUUAAAGAUUGAUACUUUUUUGGCCCGUAUGGAUGAUUAA